UAAGAGAGAACGGUCAAGUAUAAAUAAAGUGUAAUUAAUAUUAAACCCCGUUUGUGCUACUAUAAACUUCAGAAGUGGUCCUGACCCAUAAAAUGGAUCUAAUUGAUGCACAGCAAUUUACGGUCGUCCAGCUAAAGAGGUGGUUGGCGGCGCUGAACUUGCCAACCAGCGGCAACAAAGCAGAACUUGCAGCACGGCUGAAUAGCGUGGACUCCGGGAUUCGUGGAACUCGUCCACAAACCCCAUUGUUGGAAAAUGAUGAUAUACUCCAGGAGUUGGCGCUGGAUGACGACUUGGGGGAGAAUUCCUCUGUGGAGGAUGCCGAUCCUAGGUCGGAGCUGAUUUCUGCAGCAGCUACAAGGCCAAAAGGAGACGAGUGGUUUGAUGUAGCCGACGGAGUAUUGUCGCUACAACAAAUACGAGCUGAAAUUGAGGCUGGCAAAAAAGAGCUCCAGAACAUUCUGGCGCAAAUAAGAGACGCGUCACAAGCAGUUGCCAGUGACGUCAUCAACAACGCAAAAAACUGCAACCAAGCAGUGGUAGCCGGAGAAGUCAUGCAAGCAGUAGUCGGCGAAAACGUCAACGAAGUAGUUGGCGAAAAAAUACCAAAUACCGAUAAAAGUGCCGAUAUUGAUAUUGGCACUGAUAUCGAUGUCAACAAGGGUGUUGAACAGCGACAAAUGGCAGAGGUAAACAAAGGACUUCAGUCGACAAACUUUUCACUUUCUUUGGCCAAAGAAAUCAUCAUGGACUAUGAUGGUUCAUCGUGCGCAAACAUUUGGACUCAGCAAGUACGAAACAUUGCUGAUCUGUACAACCUGGAUGCAGUGGGCGUGAAAAUAGUGAUUGUGUCCAAACUGAAGGGAAUCGCCCAGCGUUGGUUGCACGCAAAUGCAACGCGCAUCAUGGAGCCAGCAGAGAAUCUGUUGGAACAGCUGAUCUUAGCAUUCAGUGAUAAACUUUCCAAAGCAGAAGCCCGGCGCAAAUUUGAAAAUUUGAAGUGGCACCAUACCGAAAAAUUCGCGGUAUACUUUGAAGCUAAGACAAUGCUGGCAAGCAGCAUCAACAUCGAACCUGACGAGUUGGUUGACCAGAUAGUCGAGGGAAUACCAGCACAGAAUUUGCGUGAUCAAGCCCGGAUCCAGUGUUUCACAGAUCCUAUGCAAAUUCUGCGUGCGUUUGCUGGUAUCCGUUUGAGCAAGCCCAAGGAGUUUGUUUCGAAGGUGAUAACUACAAAUCGAAGCAACAACGGAGGACUCCGCUGCGCUAACUGCAACGCCAGAGGACACAUCGCCAAGGAUUGUCGAAAGCCAGCAAGGGAGCCAGGAUCUUGCUACGCUUGUGGCAAAUUCGGUCACUUUGUAGCCCAAUGCGAAGAGAAGAAGGGAAAUGCUGAAAACAAUUAUCAUGCAUCCUAGACUCUGGCAGUCCUAUUUCAUUAAUUAAAAAAUCUUUGUUGCCCACUGAGGCCCAACUACAAGAAGUCACCGAACAGUAUUUUGGCAUAAACAAAAGCCCAUUGAAGAUAUACGGAAAAAUUUUAUGUUUUGUACUAAAAAAAAGAAUAAAGUGUUAUUUUAAUUUAACGGUUGUUGCCAAUGAGUCUAUGAUUAAUGAUGUGGUAUUAGGUAGAAAUUUCAUGCAAGCUUGCGAUUUGAAUUUAGAUUUAAGAACUCUAAAGAUGAUAACAGUAGAAAAUGUAUCAAAACAUAACCCAAAGCAGCCUACUAAAGAUCUGUCACUGCAUAUUGCUGAGAUCAGUCAUAAUAUUGAGUGUUUGGAUAAUGAUAUAACUGAAAACGUUUUAGAAUGGUCAACUGAAAGUUUAAAAGCAGAGCACGCAGUCGUUAAGAAUCACCAUGAAAAAAUAAGGCAAAUGGCUAUGAGACAAAACAGUGAAACAACAGGUCAAACAGUUAAGCGACGAGAGAGUGAAACAACAGGUCAAACAGUUAUGAGACGAGACAGUGAAACAACAGGUCAAACAGUUAUGAGACGAGACAGUGAAACAACAGAUAAGACAGUUAUGAGACAGGAUAGUGAAUCAAUAGAACAACCAAAAAUAAAACAAGUCAAUAAAAAUACAGAUGAAACGAUGAUAAAGGAACAAAAGAUGGUAAAUGUAAAAAUGCAACUAGAAAUCGACGAUUUUGAAACCGAAAUACUGAACAUUGACUUUACAAACGAUGAAACCAUUGAUUUUAACUGGGACAAAAGCACAACUUAUCAAAUACAAUGUCGAUUCUUAAGAAUAAUUGAAAACAGCUAUGUGAAAGCAAUUAGACCUGAAAAGCCUAAGAUUAGAGCAGAAAUUAAAUUAUGUUUAGAGAAUGCAAAGCCUUUUAGUUGCAGUCCUCGACGAUUAUCAUAUACAGAAAAGGAUAAGCUACAAAAAUUAUUAGAUGAAUAUUUGAAAAACGAAAUAAUAAGACCAAGCGAAUCAGAAUUUGCCUCUCCGAUAGUUUUAGUCAAAAAGAAAACAGGUGAUAUUAGACUAUGUAUUGAUUAUAGGAAACUUAACAAAGCACUGCUAAAAGACAAUUACCCACUUCCACACAUAGAUGAUUUAUUAGAUAAAUUAGUUGACAAAAAAGUAUUUUCAAAGUUAGACCUAAAAAAUGGAUACUUUCAUGUUUUUGUAAAUGAAGAAUCUGUCAAAUAUACGUCCUUCGUAACUCCACUAGGACAAUUCGAAUUUUUAAGAAUGCCAAUGGGUAUAAAAAAUGCACCGGCUGUUUUUCAACGUUUUGUUAAUAAAAUUUUCGACGACAUGAUUAGAGCCAACAAAGUAGUAGUUUACAUGGAUGACAUAAUGGUUGCCAGCAAAAAUGUUAAUGAGCACUUAGAAACGUUAGAAGAAAUUUUUAAAAGGCUUACUCAGAAUAGAUUGGAACUUCGUAUGGAUAAAUGCGAGUUUUUAAAGUCAAAUAUAAAGUAUUUAGGAUUUUUAAUCUCUGAAAAUGGUAUUAGAGCAGAUGAUAAGGGCAUCGAAGCUGUGAAAAAUUUUCCAGUUCCCUCAAAGGUUCAGGCAGUGCAAAGUUUCUUGGGACUUUCUUCAUAUUUUCGAAGAUUCAU